AUGCCGAGAUUACGGCCGGUCGCUGAUAGCAGCGCCGAGGCGCGGUUCCACACAGCUGUGUGGACCUUUGUGGAGCACACGCGCCUGCUGCAGCUGGACGAACAGUACUACAAGGGCGACUAUUUUCCCAAGCUGAGAGCGGCGCAAGCGCCGCAGAUAAUCAGCAGCGCGCCAGCUUCUGCGGCGCUGGCGCACACCCUCCUGGAGCCAAGGUCGCUGCAGGCCUUGGCUGAACUGGUUCUGGGCGGCGGGGUCGCAGCUUGGGAGGCGGCCAGCAAGCUCGCCGUGCUGGAGCAGAUGGGCGCGGCCGCGGCUGAGCUGGGCCUGGCUCGCGGCCUCGCGGCCCUGGUCCAGCAGAGGCCAUGGCACAUCGUUCCUCCGGGCCCCUCAGUGCUGCCGCUGGGCGGCGACUUCACGGAGCCUUGCCUAGAGGAAUAUGGCCUGAACUGCGUCUGCAGGCCGCACGUGCAGCAGCUGUGUGCACGCGUGGCGGCUGGCCUGCCGCUUUGCAGCUUUGCGAUGGGGCGCGGAUGA